UGGGAUAUAGGCUUUGACAAUACUCAACCACCAUGCCUAUUAACAUAUAGCCUACCUUUAUAAUGAAUAAUGUAAUUACGCCUUGGAUGCAAAAAUACAACAGGUUAGCCUAGUUUCUGAUUCUGAACCGGGAUUUAACCUAUAUAGAUAUAAUCUAAUUAUGUAAACUUAUCUGGCACUGCCUCUGGGUUGUGACCCAGUUGGUUUUAGACUUUAAAGUUGUGAUCCAAACGGUUCUAUCGGGGGAACGACUGUCUACUGUGAACAUUGAUUCAUACCGGGCAAAGAAGGAGGUGACACUGCUUGAGCGCUGCCCUACUUGCACUCAAUCAUUUCCUCAUCCACUCUACGGUAGAAGACGGUUGACUAUGUUGGCAUUACCUUAUCAAAUUCCCAUUUAAUCAAAUUUAGCCUACAAGGCCUACUUCUAAUGAUGAUUCUUGACCGAAUCGGUAGAUCUGCGGCAAUAGUUUAUAAGUUAUUUUAAAUGUUUUGUCUGCACGGGAUGUCAUGGCACAGACGAUAAUCUUAGAAGAAAUUAAUACGUCCUUCCCUUACGAAGAAUACGAGUGUAAAAUAUGCUACAACUAUUUUGACUUGGGCCGCCGCACUCCAAAACUUUUGGAAUGUUUACACACAUUUUGCGAGGAGUGUCUAAAUACGCUUCAUCUCCGGGAGGACCGAGGAUGGCGAAUCGGUUGUCCGCUCUGCCGCCAUAGAACUCCAGUCCCAGAAUAUCGAAUACAAAACCUCCCUAACAAUACUAAAGUAACGGAUGAUCUUCCUCUCCAUGUCGAGGCAGACCCUUUGCCACAGGACAGUCUGCCGUCAGACCGCCCACCUUUGCAUCCAGCGCUUGUUGCUGCGUACCGCAGAGAAGAGGCAAAUGCAGCAGGGGUUCAGGCGCAGGCGGUGCAGCCUAAUGCAACUGACGGCGGGGGCUAUGAGAGCUGUCAAAGCUGCAAGCGCGUCGCACUGACCACGGGUUGUGUGUGCGCUAUCUUUUCUUUCCUCUCCAUGAUAGUAUUAUUGUUCCUGGGUUUAAUAUUUCUGCUUAACUUCAAUAACCCUCCCUCGCCCAUCGGCCCUGUCUGUCUGUCUUUAGCAAGCGUCCUCGCCAUGUUCUCUGUUAUUGUCACGUGGUUAAUGUGUUGGCUGAAAUACCGACCUGGGUUAGACACAACCGCUGGUUCCGCUGGUAACGGUGACAGAAGAAAUGCAUUAUAACUUCAACGUAAUUCGACUAAAUAAAUUACAUUAGUAAGGUAUAGCUGGGCCCCUUUGUGUACUAAAAAGAAUGCAAUAGUAUUAAUCCAUUAGUCACAAUAGAGAGGCCCUCUGAACAAGUGUUUCAAAUCAAUCUCUUCAGUUUAGUUGAAACCCUCAAUUAUUCUUGCACAUCUAAUAUGGGUUGAAUUGAACAUUGCAGUCCUAAAAGGGUGUAGUCCGAGGUUGUUGUUACAAAACAGUUCUACAAAUAACACAAGCGUCCAAUGAGACCACAGUUUAAAUGAAGAUGUCUCAACAUACAUUAAACAUAUUAAUCCUUUGAAUGAUGAACAACAUGUCUGCCUGAAAGAGAUUUGAAUUGUAAGUGUUGCACUACCCAUCCUUAGGUUAUAUAAACUGAUGACUGUUGUUGUUUGGUUGGAGUGUUAGUGUCCAUGUACUGUAUGUCACAAUGUCACCCUUUAUGCAUUAACCAAAUAAUAAAUAUCCCAUAACUAACUGUGAUGUAAUAUCAAUGCUUUUGGAUCCGGAUGCAGUAUUUAGAUGGCUUUAAGAGGUCCAUCUGUUUUGAAUCAGUCUAAGCCCAGUGGUUUAUAGGCCCUGUAUAUUUUCCUUAAGUAGGAACAAGGCCGAUAAAAAAGUGCUGUAGAUAGCAUGAAUACACUCAGGAUUUCAUCGUAAGAGGAACACAGAGUCAUCUCAUUUUAUCAAUGGUACAACGGGCUGAUGUUUCUAAUCAUUCAUACUCCGGUGUGCGCAUUGCAGAAAGUUGCUUGACUCCUCAGAAAGGGAGCGUUCCCAUUGAUUAGCUGUCACAUGUCUGCCCUCCAGUGGUUGGUCAAGGAUACUUCUAGGGAUCUGUCAGACCAACUCCACUUAUGUUCUAUCUCCAAUCUUAAAAUAAUUCAGGAAUAAAGCUAAAUGUUAGUCAAAGUAAUACUUCAGUAAUUUCUUAUGCUCAAUUCUUUUUUUGUUUGUUUUAUUUCUGCUACCUGAAAGACUGAUAUUUCCCCCUUGUUGUCUAAUGCACUGUGCUGUAUGAAUUACACUAUAUCGGAGUGAGGAUAUCCCCAUGGGCAAAGUCCAGAUGUAGGUUUGAGUCUUGCUAAGAGACCCGUGGAGGGUGUUCCCGCAUAUUCCACUCCUCUCUUUUCCAUGGUGGGAAGUUUAUUCCGAAACAAAACAGUUUUCCAUGUAUUUUAAUGAUAACACAUUGCCCCUGCCCAGUGUCCACAGAGGGAAUGUGAAAAUCUUUGUGUUGAUCAGAUCACAUCAGAAGUAUAUCUAUUGUGUUCCUAUGUCAAUGAAGGGCAACAUCACUAAACUGGAGUUGGUAUUAUGUUGUCCUAUGUCCCCCAUGCUAUUGCCUUGUGUAUAAUCUGUGAAAGGUUAU